CGGUGUAGACCCAGGCCUAUCACGUGACGGGCAUCUGCGCGUCUCCGGGAUGGAGCCGGAAGAGGGGACGCCGCUUUGGCGGCUGCAGAAACUGCCUCCGGAGCAGGGCGCCCGGCUUCUUCACAAAGUAAUCGAUGGCAUCUGUGGCCGAGCUUAUCCUGUCCACCAGGAUUAUCAUGGUGUUUGGAACGAAGCCGAGUGGAAGCAUGUUCUAGAAGAUGUUACCAUGUUUUUCAAAGCUGUAGUUGGCAAAAAUUUUUCCGAUGAAGAGACACUCCAGCAGUUGAACCAGCUGAACUCAUCUCAUCAAGAAGCUGUUAUGAAAUGCUUGAAGAGUAGGAAAAAUGAGAUCAAGCAGGCCCUGUUAGGAGAAAUAGUUGAGAUCUCUUGUGCGCAGCUGCAGGAUUUUGAUUGGCAGUUAAAGCUCGCACUUUCCAGUGACAAGAUCGCCACAUUGCAGAUGCCGCUUUUAAACCUUCAUCUGGAUGUGAAGGAAAACGGUGUCAUGAAACCAUACUCUGUUGAAAUGAGUAAAGAGGAGUUACAGAAUCUAAUCAGCUCCUUGGAGGCAGCUAAUAAGGUGGUCCUGCAGUUAAAAUAACUGGAAAUGGUGACCACCAACACCAGCAGAUUUCAAGGCUGCUUCGUGGCAGAGUGAAUGCUGUAUUCAGAGGUAGAUGCUACAGCAGCCUGGCCCAGCAGCAUGCAGAGAUUAUAAAGAUGAAAAUCUGCCCGCAACCCUAAAGAACAGGAAAUUGUAAAGCUGAUGGGAAAUGCAUAAAAUGAAAGAUGAGAAAGCUGAAGUUGCAGUUUGAGUUUUCACAAUGAUUGUUUUGUCUCGUUUAUUAAAUAUUUGGGAAAUCUUUGGUAGAUAACGUUUUUAUAUUGAAAGAUAAAAAUAAAUUCUGAAGUAAUAGAAACACACAAGCACAGACCUACUAGACUGUUGCUUAAAUGUGAAUAGCAAGACAUGUUUUAUGAGUAUAUAAUUUGCAAUAUUUGAAAAUAAUAUUUAAAGCAUAUGGAAGUGGCAUAUGUAACUCAGGAGGUUCCAUGUUUCAAAGGAAAGAGUUUUAAGUGGUAAAGUUUUAGGGAAAAUUCUGUUAUCAGACACAAACAGACAUUUAAAAUUUGUGUGAAUAAUUUGAAUAAUUUAUAAAAUUCAUAAGAAUUUUAUAAGUUAAAACAUAAACAUAAAAAAAAACGAAAAUAACGUUGUUAUUCUGUACAUCGUCACUUCCUUGGGAGACUGUGCUCUAAGAAAAUGUGGUCUAAGAAAUGUCAGUGAUGGUGUGUUGUACAUAUUGUUCCUCAUAUAUAAGUUUGUUUUUUGUAUGUAACAAAUUAGUUGUAAUACAAACCUCUUUUUACCUCAACUAACUUUAAAAAUAAGCAUUCUGAGCAAAUAAAAGUAUCUUUACAUGUC